AUGUCCACCAGGUAUCACCAAUCUGCCAUAGAUGGCUACAUAGAUAUCUUGAAAGAAGCCACUAAAAAGGAUGUCAACACAGCAGACAGUGAUGGAAUGACACCCACCCUAUUGGCAGCCUAUCAUGGUCAUCUGGAUGUGCUUGAGCUGGUGUGUAACAGAGGUGGAGAUCCAAACAAAAAUGACAUAUGGGGAAACACACCACUUCAUCAUGCAGCGGAGAAAGGUCAUGCUAACUGUGUAGCAUUCCUAAUUAAUUUUGGCGCAAAUAUUUUUGCAUUGGAUAAUCAGUUCCGUUCACCAUUGGAUGUGGCCAUCAUGAAGGACCGUAAAGAAUGCGUCAAUAUCUUGGAUGCAGCUGCCAGUAAACAAACAUCCUUGAAUCCUAAGAAGGUUGCAAGGUUAAAAGAGCAAGCGAUGAAAGAUGCAGAACGUAAGCUAAAAGAGUGUGAGAAGAUCCAAGAGAAACAUCAGAGCCAGAUGAACAAAAACUAUAACAGGAACCAAACUGGAACAGUAAAUUCAUUGAAAGGAACCUUGUCGGGCUCUGUAGGUGCCCAGUUUUCAACACCAUCGACCAGGAACUCAUUGACCAGGACUCUGAAGGACACAUUGCAGUUUAAAUUAAAAAGGAAGGAUAAAAACACAAUGGAUAGAGACACAAUAAGCAAUGUGAUCUUUGCCGGAGAUGAAAACACUAGUGGCCAACGUAUUAAGGUCACAGAUGUCUUCAACGAACAUGAAGAGGAAGGCGUAACUUCAGAUAAAGGAGAAAGGCAAUCUAUCUUUAAUCGUCCUGGUCUUGGGAACAUGGUUUUCCGAAGAAACCAGGCAAUGGGUAUUAACACUGACUUUGGGGAAAUUUCUACGCUUGAAGAUGACACAGGUUUUAAAGGGAACAGUGAACUAUUUACAACUGAGGUCAACGAAGGCAAUGAGAAUGAUAAGGACAUUGACAACAAUGUGACCUGGAAUGCAGAUGACAUGGAACUGGACGUGGAAGAAGAAAGUUCUUCUCUUCAGGUCUUCUUGGCAUCUCAUGGCUUACUUGAAUUACACGUCACACUUUUGAGAGAGAAAAUGGAUUUAGAUUCUCUACUCAUGUGUUCUAAUGAAGAUCUGGAGAGCAUUAACAUCCAGCUUGGGCCCAGAAAGAAACUCCUUAAUGCAGUAGAUAAAAGGAAAAAAGUUUUGUACAAGCCGGGAGAGAUCACAGACACUAGGUUAUAAACUUAUUUCUGAUGGAGGCACCAUCUCAUAUUUAUGUAGUACAUUUAUCACUCACACAGCAGUGUCACUAUAAUCAGCAUAAAGUGUAUUAUGCUGCUGUAAUGGGAGUCAGUCAGUUUUUAUGUGUUUUAUAGAAUACCGUACUCCUUUAAAUAUAGGCAUAAAAUGGAAGUCUGAAUGAGGCCUUAGUGUAAUUUGACAAAACAUAUUUAAUAAUCAAUCAAUACUAAAAUCACCAAUAGUGAUAAUAAUAGUAAUAUAUUUAUUGCAGCAUUGUUCCACUUAGGUAAGCAGGAAAAUGUUCCUAUGUAGUCCAAUAAUUUCCAAGGUAACAGGCUUAAAACAAAUCGUCUCCAUUUUUUAAAAUUCAUUAUAACUCCAUAUAACGGCAUAUAAAAUGAAAACUUAAGCAAUCUUUUAAAUAGCUUUACUUAAAGGAAACCUGACAUUUCUUUCAUGCUGCUUGUCCCCAGCAGCUUCUCCUCUCUUCACGAACCAUUAAGAUUUCUCUAGGUUUGAGUAUAGGGAUAGAGCUAUCAAUCAAGGCCGGCAGGGUGGGGUGGGGGGGGGGGGAAGCCACUGGGGACCACUCUGAUGACUCAUAAUUCAGGCAGCAUAAGCAUGAUGACAGAUUCUCUUUACAAAUGUACGAUUGUUUGGAAACCAUAGCUUUAAAGGGGUAUUCCAGGAUUUAUGUUUAGUUGACUAUGCUUCAGGGGCUGUAAAGUUAGUGUAGUUCAUAAGAUAGCGUCUGUACUUGUGUGUGACGGCAGUCUUGAAAUUCUUCUGUGAUUUUUGCCCCAAUAUUUAUUUUUAACAGCAUACAAAAUUACUAAGGUCUCUGGUUUUUCCAGGCUGCAGUGCGGCCGAGACGUGACAUCACUAGUCAGGUGUGCAAAGGGAGCCUGUCCUGCUUCAAUGGGUGGAGUGACUGCUGAGUGUGAGAGAGAUAAUUUUGCUAAAGCUGCAGUAAACCUAGUUAGAAAACACUGGUCUUUUGAAUGGAAUGCAGCUCAUUUGUGUUUCAGUGGGUGGGGUGGCUGACGUGUGGGUGGGAGGAAAGUGACCUCUCACUUACAAACAAGGAACUAUGGGAUGUGUUGUUUGAGAACAAAAUCCAACAGGAAAUACACAGAUCCUUCCUAAGCAUGCUCAUUACUGUCUGGCAGAUAUGUACUAAAAUCACCUUAUGAUGGAUAACCCCUUUAACCCCUUAAGGACCAAGGACGUACCUGUACGUUCUUGGUCCUGCUCCCGUGAUAUAACGCAGGGUUACACUGUAAUAGUGAAGCCGGGACCUGCCGCUAAUAGCGUGCAGCGCCGAUCGCGGCGCCGCACGCUAUUAACCCUUUAGCCGAGCACUUAGAGCUGAGCUGCACGGCUAAAAGCGAAAGUGAAACCAUGCCGGUUAACUCAGUGGGCUGUUCGAGAUAGCUGCGGCGAAAUCGCGGCAAACCCGAACAGCUUACAGGACAGCGGGAGGAUCCCUACCUGCCUCCUCGCUGUCCUAUCGCCGAAUGACUGCUCAGUGCAUGAGAUCCAGGCAUGAGCAGUCAUGCUGCAGAAUCAUCGAUCACUGGUUUCCUAUGAGAAACCAGUGAUCAAUGAUAAAGAUCAGUGUGUGCAGUGUUAUAGG